AUGUUUGUGAACGGACGGCCUCUGCCGGAGGUGAUCCGCCAGCGCAUUGUGGACAUGGCGCAGCAGGGCGUGCGGCCCUGUGACAUCUCUCGCCAGCUACGCGUCAGUCACGGCUGUGUCAGCAAGAUACUGGGCAGAACAAGCAUCAAACCGGGGGUGAUUGGCGGCUCCAAGCCCAAGGUGGCCACGCCCAAAGUGGUGGACAAGAUCGCCGAGUACAAGCGCCAGAAUCCCACGAUGUUCGCGUGGGAGAUCCGGGACCGGCUCCUGGCGGAGGGGGUGUGCGACAGCGACACGGUGCCCAGCGUGAGCUCCGUCAACCGGAUCAUCAGAACCAAAGUGCAGCAACCCUUCAUUCUGCCCCUGGAGGGCAAGGACUUGAACCCCGGACAUAGCCUGACACCCCCCCCCCCCCCCAGCUCCGCAGUGACCCCCCCAGAGUCACCCCACUCCGACUCGCUCGGCUCCACCUACUCCAUCAACGGCCUGCUGGGCAUCGCGCACACGGGGGGAGAGGGCAAGAGGAAGCACGAGGACAGUGAUCAGGAGAGCUGCCGUUUGAGUGUGGACUCCCAGGGCAGUGUGGGUAGCGCCCCUCGGAAGCAGCUCCGCGGGGAGCCCCCCUUCUCCGGCACGCUGGACUGUGGCUUCAACAGACAUCCCUAUCCCCCUGAGGCCUUCGCAUCAGCCAAUCACAGCAAGGCUGAGCAGGCUCUGUACCCCCUCUCCUUGCUAAACAGCAGCAUCGAGGAUGGUAAGCUCUCCGGCACUGCCAUUGGUCGAAAUCUCAGCGCCCAUCAGGGAUAUUCCAUGGUAUCAGACUACCACAGCGCCCCCUUGUGCAUGAAGCAGGAAUCCUCCUCGUCCUCCACCUCGGAAGCAGCACACGCAGGCUCCUCCCCCCACGGGCUGCCAAACCCCGCCCUGCUGGAGCUGCAGCCAACCCAGGCUGCAGUCUCUAUGAAUGGCUCUGCCCACAUGUGCCCCUUCAACGCGUUCACACCACACCCGCCCCACACGCCUCUGUACGGGCAGAUCAGCACUCAGCCCCUCCUGGCAGGUCGGGACAUGGUGGGCUCCACUCUCCCGGGGUACCCCCCCCACAUCCCCAGCAGCGGGCAGAGCGCGUACAGCAUGGUGGCAGGCAGCGAGUACUCCAGCACUGCCUACUCUCACUCCCCCUACACCUCCUACAGCGAUGCCUGGAGGUUCACCAACUCAGGGAUCCUCGGCUCACCCUAUUACUACAGCUCCGCCCCCCGGACCACCCCUCCCUCCACUGCGGCCGCCGCAUACGACCACCUGUAGUCGCCACGGAAACUGCAAUUCCACAAUCAGCGGGAUAGGAAACCAGGAGCAACACAAACCCCACCCCCCCUUAUAAAAAAAGGCGACACGGCCAGGAUCGGCCCUUGUGUUAACAGAGUGCUUCUGGAGCAACGAAACAAACUUUUAAAACCCGUUUUUGAGAGCGGCCCGGGAUCGCAACGAGAAAACUGACCAUUCGGUUGACCUACGACCGGUCACUAUGUCUGAAACCCGGCUGUUUCGUGCGAAACCGCUUUGCAAAACAAAUAAAUGAAUAAAUAAAUAUAUAAACCAAGUUUGUGGGGUGCGUAUGUCUUGACCCGCCCCUCCCUCUGUCCCUCCCUCCCUCCUUAAUUCUGUAUUUAUGAACAAAAAUUUGGAAUCGGAGAGAGAGAGUGGAGAAAACUGUCUGUAUCUGUUAACUGUUGAAAGGCUUGCUUGAGUCGUAUUACACUUUGCUCAGACUUUUAUUGAUUUAACAUAACCCUGAAAUACACUGCAGGGGACCAGUGGACCUGAUCUAGUUAGUUCAGUCACCACAGUGAUGGGAAUGAGACUCCCGGGGCACAGCAGUGUGAUCCAGUCCUGGUUUCACUAAGAGUUUAAUCAUAAGACACA